AUGCAGAUUUCUCAACUGCUUCGCCAGAACAUCAGGCCGAAACCAAACAUCACCAAGGAUGAACGAAAUGCUUCGAAAAGUCUCCGUGCUGAUCCUACUAUCCACAUUUUACCUGCGGACAGGGGCAAUGCAACGGUCGUCAUGGAUGUCGCCCAGUAUAACGAGAAAAUCUUGCAUCUCUUGAACACCCCUACGUAUAGGAGGAUCAAGAAAGCCCGACUAAUGCCAUCGAAAGAAUGGUUACAAGCAAGUUACUCGGACUGCAACACCAUCCGGAAUGUUUACCUCGAAUCUACAGACACUCUUGUUAGCUUCGACAUCAAAUCACUAUUCACCAAUGUACCUGUCGAGGAGGCUUGUCUUACAGCCAAACACCGUCUAGAAGAGGACCACACUCUCCAGGAAAGAACAGAUCUAAACCCUCAACAGAUUAACGAUUUACUUUUACAGUGUUUAGUCUGCACUAAUUUCAAAUGGCUCGACCAGUUUUUCGAACAAACAGAGGGCACGGCUAUGGGAUCGCCUUUAUCCCUAGUCAUUGCCAACAUUUUCCUCGAAGAGUUUGAACAACUAGCGCUUCUUUCAGUCACCAAACAACCAAAACUCUGGCUCCGAUACGUCGAUGGUACUUUUAUCAUUGGGCAACACAGUAAGGUGUACCUAGAUGGUUUUAUAGAUCACCUGAAUUCUCAGCACAAAUCAAUCAUGUUUACUAUGGAGGAGGAACACAAUCGCUCUUUAACCUUUCUUGAUGUUUUGGUAACCAGACCGGACGCAGGGACUUGGUCACAUGCAGUUUAUCGCAAACCAACACACACCGACAGAUAUCUAAACAAACGCUUGUUUCACCAUCCGUCCACCAAGAAGGGAGUUUGUAACACACUCAUCAAAAGAGCACAUUGCAUCAGCGACCACAACUCCAUCCGGAGAGAAGUGCAACAUGUUAAGGCAGCCCUUAAACUUAAUGGUUAUCACACGAGAGACAUUGCUACACCCAGACCCAGCAAUAGGCUAGGUAAUGCAGACUCGAGAAAGUAUGUGUGUUUACCAUAUUUGGUACAGCUUUCACACCGCAUUCAACACAUUCUAUUACAAGCCGAUGUCAAAGUGUUUCAUAACGCACCCAACAAACUAUCCCGAACUCUGCAAACACACAAGGAAAAACCACCAGCACAGAGUCAACUAGGAGUUUAUCGGAUCUCGUGCGAAUGUGGGAAGGUUUACAUUGGUGAAACAGGACGAGAUCUCCGCACUAGGCUCAAGGAACACCAAGGCCAUGCCAGGAGAGGGGAACAAGAAAAAUCUUCUAUAGCAUUACCAUCAAUAACGCCAAACACGUUAGAGCAGGUGUUUGAAAAACAAAAAAGUCUAGCCUUGACCUAUUUCCAAAAAAAUGGACAAGAUUUUGGCGAAUCGUUUAAGGAGUGCAUGACAGAAUUGGAAGGCAGCAUUACUAAUGAAUACCCGCAUUACAAAUCCAUAAUUGACCGGUAUCUCAAUAUCAGUUUUGGAGGUCUCGAGACCAUUUUGCUUGGUCUUGGUCUUGGUCUCGAACCCUCUGGUCUUGGUCUUGAUCUUGGUCUCGGAUUUUUCCACCGAGACCAGCAACAAAAAUAA